AUGCCCGUUACUACCCGCCUUUUAUCGUCAGAGGCAUGCAAUAGUGCCUAUGAAUGCAGGUUUCAAUCACCUUCUACCACAUCAUUCAGAAGGUCCUACUCGCAGGGUCUUGAGAGCAAAAGGAACACCUUUGUGCAAAGUCCCUCCCCAAAUACCCACCCCCCCAACAACUUGAAUAAUGCCACUUCAUUGGAUUCACCAUCAAAAUCCAAGGUUCAAGUUAACAAAUAUCCAGCACCAACACCUUUGCAGAGGGAGGCAUCCUCCAAACCAGCCGAUGAAUGUGUCCCAAGAGAUGUAGCAAUAGACUUGCGCAAGCGGAUUAUCGCCGCCAUCAGAGAUGCCGAUAACGCGGAAGAAGUCGAAGAAUUUUUCAAUGUGUCAAAAGACGAUUAUCAUUAUAUUUUAGAUGCUAUCGAUGAAGAUGAUGAUGAAGAUAAAGUAAUACGCAAACUCGUAUAUGCUGAGGAACUCAAACUCCUUACCGCCACCCUGCCUAACCGACUUCAUCAAGCGUACCUUGCCCCGAUGAGCGCCACACUGCUCGGCGCCGUGGGGUCGAUAGGCAUCCCUUACCGAUUCGGGCAGAUCCGCAUUCAAACCGACAUUCAUCUUCUCAGCGCCGUUGGCCUCAAACUUGGAGUGCCGGACAUGUUGAUGGAGUACAAGGACCCAGACGGUGAUUGCAUCCCCCUCUGGGCCACUGAAAUCAGUGUCUCCCAGACGAAGAAAUCGGCGACAAGGAGACUCGGCGGCUUCAUGAAGGAUCGCGGGGAUCUCCUCGCCAUCACGUCCAUCGACGUGAAAGAAAAGAAGAAGCAUGCGGGGCCCCGGUCAGGGUCAGAGGCGGUUGAGGUCUUAGAGGAACACGGAUCAGUCUCAACGUUUUCGCAGUGGCUGUCGCACACGGCCCCCAACGACGAGGACCCUACCGUCAUGAAAACAUUCCGUCACGUCUGGCAGCAUCCUAUCACCGUGACGAUAACAACGUGGCUUCGCCGCCCCGACGGCAGUUUCAGUAUUAAGGAGAAGAAUCCCGAUCUUUGCGCAACAGCGGACUUGUUUCCUGAGCGCUGUGAUCUUGAAGAAAUUGAUCACGUUUUUCGACGUACCUUGGAGAGGAUUAGAGACCGGGUUGUCUCCCUGAUUGAAACCAGGUUUCCAAGCGCCGUUAAGGAUGCCGCCUUCGAUCGUAUUCGUGCGUGGUCUCCUCCGGAACCGCUGAACGAUUGGGACCAUCUCGCCGAUGAGAUUAUCGUCGGCGCGAGGCAAACGGGAUACACGCGUUAUGCUGGCUGUCAUCAAAACAUCCUCAAGCGCAAAGCAGAAGCAGAUGAAGUGACCACCGGAGGUUCUGGAUCUACGAAGAGGACCAGGGCAGCUUAG